AUGGCUACAGCUGGAGGACAGCGAAGGCUCCCGGUGUCUCUAAUCGUGGCGUGCUCCGUGAACCGCGUGAUCGGCAAGCAGGGCAAGUUGCCAUGGAACCUGCCAGCAGACUGGGCGUUUUUCAGCUCCGCCACUCGCGACCAAGUGCUGGUGGUCGGUCGUCGCUCCUUCCAGGAGUUCGAUGAGCCCAUCCCGAACCGCCACACGAUCGUCGUGUCCUCGACGCUCGAGAGACCACCACAGGCUCAAGUUGAAGCUGCUGGCGGUCGCUGGUCUGGUGUGCGCGUGGCUCGGACGCUGCAUCAGGCGCUGGAAUUGGUCAACUCGGACCCGCAGUACCGCGACUGCAGUCGCGUGUUCAUUGGCGGAGGCCAGCGGUUGUACCAGGAGGCGAUGGACGCCCAGGUCGCUGAGUCGUGCUACGUAUCGAGAGUGCAGAGGGAGAUUGAAGGCGGAGACGCGUUCUUCCCCAGGUGGACGACUCACUUCCCCACGCUGAGGUACUCGACGAAGACGAAUGGAGGAGGAGGAGGCACGAGGUGA